AUGGCCGCACAACCUGGAGAGCCGCUUCCACCCUCGGAAAUCGGGGAAGUCUUAGCCGAGAUCCGGACUCAAGUAGCCCAGCUAGGGAACCGGCUACAAUGGAUCGAGGAUGGGCAACGGCAACCCGUGGCUCGUGGACCGCCUAUCCAAGAUCGCCAACGACGCUAUGAACCGGAUCCAGUAGGGACGUCCGAAGAAGACGAUGGCCCACCCUACCAAGGUAGGCACCCUCGACGUCGGGACGAGCAUGAGGACGAUCAACCCUACCGUCCGGUCGAACCGGGUCACAAACUCACGGCCCCUACGUUUGCCGGAAAAGUUGAUCCGGAGGCAUAUCUCGACUGGGAGGGACGGAUGGAUCAUAUAUUCGCCUGUUACAACUACCCCGAACCCAAGAAGAUCGCCUAUGCAGCCGCCCAGUUCACGGACCAUGCCCUUACGUGGUGGGAUCGUUCCGAAGCUGACCGUAGGAGGAACGGGGAACGCGCCUUACCGCAUUGGGAGGCCAUGAAGAACGAGAUGAGACGCCGGUACGUGCCACCGCUGUACCACCGCGAGCUCCAGCGAAGGUUCCGCAAGCUGUCCCAAGGAGCCAAGAGCGUUGAGGACUACUAUGAAGAGUUCGAGCAUCUUCGCAACCGGCUGGAGGUCGAAGAUAGUGAAGAAGGAUUGAUGGCCCAGUUCUUGGACGGACUACAAGACCGCAUUGCGCGGAAGGUAGAACGUUUAUCGUACAACUCGUUCGAUGAACUCUUGCACCUAGCAAUGCAAGUCGAACAGCAGAUCAAGAGAAAGGCCAACACCGUCCACCGCUCUCGCGCUCAAGGAACGCCUAGUUGGUCGCCAAACUCGUCCCCUGGACCGGGAGGGCACCGCGGACAAGAGAAGUCCAAGGCCGUCACCAUUGACUCACGGUUCAAACCAAGGGACCAGAACAAGGACUCUCGUACCGACCCCAGGCCGCAACCGACCGAAGGACGUAGCCGAGACAUAAUAUGCUUCAAGUGCCAAGGUCGAGGCCACUACGCCCGAGAUUGUCCCAAUCCGCGUACCAUGACCAUUACCGCGUCGGGGGAGCUUGAAUCCGAGGACGACAACGACCCUGACGAGCCGAACGAUGCUAAGGAGGUCGAGGAAGCCGUCGCCGAGCCUGACGAGGGAGAGCUGCUUAUGAUCCGACGGGUCCUUAAUACUAGCCAGUGUCCGGACGAUACGCACCAGCGGGACAACAUAUUCCACACGCGAUGCACUGUAAGUGGGAAGGUUUGUGGCUUGAUCAUUGAUGGUGGAUCUUGCACCAAUGUGGCAAGUUCCUACAUGGUCAAGAAACUUUCUCUUGGUACCACAAACCAUCCUAAACCCUACAAACUCAAAUGGUUGAAUGACAAGGCCGUGGUCCCAGUCACCGAACAGGUCACGGUCCCGUUUAGUGUAGGCCCCUAUAAAGACCAAGUCUUGUGUGACGUGGUUCCGAUGCAAGCUAGCCACCUCCUUUUGGGGCGUCCUUGGCAGUUUGAUAAGCGGACCUCUCACUGUGGCCACACCAACCAAUACUCCUUUGUGCAUGAUAAUAAGCGUAUUUGCCUAAAACCAUUGAGUCCCACACAAGUUUGUGAGCUGCAAUCGAAAAUGUCUAAGGAACCGAGCACUAAAAUGAACUUCUUGAUUAAUGCUAGCACGGUUAGGAGAUCACUUAGUGACUCCACUUGUCAAGUCUUAUUGAUGGUCUUUAAGGAUGUUGUGAGUAUAGGUACGGAGCAGGACGCCGUCCCGGCCAUGAUCAGACCGCUCCUACGACGGUACCAGGACGUGUUUCCGGAUGAAUUACCGCACGGUCUACCACCACUUCGCGGCAUUGAGCAUCAGAUCGACCUUGUACCCGGAGCCCAGCUCCCGAACCGUCCUGCCUACCGCGUGAAUCCCGAAGAGGCCAAGGAGUGCGUCAUUCAUACCGACCAUGAGACGUUGAAGCACUUGCGCGGCCAGACCAACCUGAAGAGGAGGCACGCCAAGUGGCUGGAGUUUAUCGAAACCUUUCCUUACGUCAUCAAGUACAAGAAGGGCAAGGAGAAUGUUGUGGCCGACGCACUUUCACGGCGCCAUACGCUGAUCACCACCAUGGACGCACGGAUCCUCGGGUUUGAGCACAUCAAGGACGCGUAUGGUUUGGACCCGGACUUUGCUGAGUGCUACCAGGAACAUG